AUGACUUGCCGACUCAAGCUCAAUCAACUCCAGUCCCAUUUGCAGGGCGUGGAGGCGUUUGACACGCCCAAAGUUUUGCUCGAACAAUAUCCCACCAGUGCCAAUAUCGCCGCGUGUAUGUUGCACACCAUGCAAACCUCUUUCCACGACCUGGAAGACCGUCAAGUGGCCGAUUUGGGCUGUGGUUGUGGCGUGCUAUCCAUCGGGGCCUUGAUGUUGGGUGCUCAUCACGUCAAAGGCUUCGAAAUCGAUCCGGAGGCGGGUCAGAUCUAUAUGACCAACAUGGCCGAAUUUGACAUGGAUGCCUCCGAUUUUGAACUCAUAGAGUGUGAUGUGACCGCCAUGGCCUUGGCAUCCGAUGAAGGCCAACACGUUUAUGCCAAGGCCUUUGACACGGUUAUCAUGAACCCGCCAUUUGGCACCAAGCAUAACAAGGGCAUUGAUAUGACGUUCGUGCAACAAGGCCUGGCCAUGGCCAAAACUGCGGUGUAUUCGUUGCAUAAAACCGCGACUCGUGAGCAUAUCUUAAAGAAAGCCCGUGAUUGGGGAGUGAAGGCCGAGGUCUUGGCUGAGUUGCGCUAUGAUCUUCCGGCGACCUACAAGCACCAUAAGAAACCAUCGGUGGACAUCCAGGUGGAUUUCAUUCGGUUCUCUUUUGACCGACCCCGCGAAUAAAAA